AUGGAGGAAUUUCCCUCAGUGCCUCAACCAGAAGCAUCGACAGCUAUUGUCGGGCAAGAUAAACACGGAAGAGAGGAGAAUCUGGAGCAGAAUAUAUAUGGAGAGGGGAAUGUGUAUCAAGCAUGUCCUCAGCCGGACGCAUUGCAAGAUAAUAGCCCCCAAAUCAAGCAAGGGGCCUCUCGCCCCAAACCUACUAUCGAAACCGCAUCCAGCAAUUACAGUCAGAAAAAACACACGAACAUAAGGACUAGGGAAUCCGAAUAUUAUUCUGCGCCAUCGGAUGUCAGGAUCGAGCUCGUUCGGUCACACCGGAGGGAAGAAGCCGAGCUUAGCGAAUGGUUGAGGCCAGAAAGAUCCCUCUCCAUGCGCGAUCCGAAGCCAGGAAGAACAGUAGCUGGAGGGAAUGUAUGUGUGCAUUGCCAAAAUGGUCUAUACUUCGAUGGCCUCGGGGUUUCCAUAUGA